CUCUAAGAGACAUGCUUGAAUUGAGCUCAAGUUGUGUAACCUGACGGCUAAAUUUAAUGAUGGUCUGAAGAUACUACAUUACCGUACCCACUGAAGCUAUUGAGUAACGCUCGAGCAGCCUACGGUACCAUACGCGUUUUGCAGUGACUGCAUCUGCCAUCUUCCGAGUGAGAGCUGUGAAGAUAGUAUACAGGCGUGUGGUGGUAAUCCGUGAGCGCAUAUCAGAUGCUCCGAACACGGCCGACAUCUCCGCAGAGCCUCACCUUAAACAUCUCCCUUCCGCCAAGCCUUACGACAACCGAAAACGCAGGGUUAGGGAUCUUGUAGCCCUGUCUGCAUGAAACCAAGCGUUGUUGGAGUUGGCAAAUUGAGCUAAAUUAGGGCGCUAAAAAUAGGACUCCGAUGAUCAUCAGCUCAACCAAUAAUCGCAAGCAAUCGACAUGGAAUGACAUGCCGAUUAGAGAGCCGCGGGGAGGGCGGUGGAGGAGAAAGCGGUUUGUUUGGUUCCUGGCGGGCGGCUAUUUUUAUCGGAGAGGGAAUCGAAUGGAAGAGUGGAAUCGAGUUGCAGCACGAGUAGAGCACAGUGCGGUGGUUUCCCCUUCUCCUGGAAGGGGGUACCGUAUCACUCGAGUAGGGUCAGUACGCCAAUCCACGGUACGAGUAUGAUGCCGGCCGGGGCGAAGUGAAGGAGGAGGAGGCUUCUUCCUCAGAACACCUUCUCCACUUUCUUUUUUCGUUGCGUGGCUGUUGCGGCGUUCCUUGCAUGGGUAGGGAGAAUACGGUCCCGGGCAGGACACUCCAAUCCCCCUCCGAUCACACAUGUGGCACAAGUAUCGUAUCGUACGGCUCCCGCACACCGAUCCUUGACUUCAUUCACCAAUUCGCGGGGUUAGACUAUCCACAGGUCCCGCUCGCUGCUCCUGCCGUACUCUUGGCCCUCUUUCGGUCGCGCAUCGAAUCACGCGCUUGUCAGGUGCGUGAGUUUGUUGGUUGGGUUUUCUCCUUGUCCAGCUCCUGAUAAUUUAGACCACGCGCUCACUAAGGAUUCCGCGGAUAGGAGAAACUAACUGACCCCCCACUACUUCUACCACUGCUGCACAGCAAAAGUACCCUCUCCACGAGUACCAAGCGCUGCUAUCAUUUGUUUAGCCAACCUGAUAAUCCUCCACCACCGGCUCUCCGCCCUCAGCAUCAGCCGCACAGGACGACAACUUUCCACAAACCUCCCCGCAUCUCCCCACCUUCCGCUCCCCCGAAUUCAGAAACUCCACUCUCCCGCUCACAGCUCUGCGUCUCCGCCAAAAGCAAACAUGCCGUCCACCUCCACCUCCACCUCCACCACCACCACCUCCACAAUGCCGCCCCUCUCGAUCCAGAAUGCCAAAGCGACACUCGAACCCUCCACAAAUGACUCUACCCGUGUCCUAACGGUAGAAUGGGACAUCUCACCCAGCAGAAAUGCCUCGGACGGUGAAUGGGUCGUGGAGUGGGACUCCAUGUACGCGGCCCUAUCAACCGAUCUGCAUUCGGCUCGAAGUGAAAAAGGCUCAUACUUUGCCCUCCAGUACUCCUCCUCGGCGAACCAGACCCCGAACGCACUCUCCCCACAGCAGCGUGCUGAAGCUGCAUGGUUGGAUCGUCGGAUAAAUAACCCGGAAGACCUCCCUACUGCCCCACUGUCGACUGCAAAAUUGCUGCAAUUUGAGAAUGGGGGAUUGGAUAAAUUGGAGCCGAGCGAUGACCUCCCGGCUUUCUUCUCCGCGAGACCAAUUGUGCAGGCUCCGACUCACAUCCUCGGAGAGGAGGGAAAAGGGAAGGUUUACUUCUUGUUGACCGGGGGCGCAAAGACCCCAGAUUCCGUAAAGAUCUUGUUUUACCCCACUUGGACGCCGCCGGUUACCCUUGAGGACGUGGGCAUCAUUAGUGUGCCUCCGGGGGCAGAAGGACAUACCGCCUGGGCACAGCAUCGCCUUGCCGACCUUAAAACCCUCGAAGACAUAGCCCGCGAACUGGAGCGUGAGGGUGCUCGCGGUCUCGGCAAAGGUAGGGUAAAAGUCGGUGUUGAAGGUGGAGGAAUGGACGAGGAAGCUAUUCGUCGCGAGGGUUGGAUGGUGGGCGAGGAAAUGGUAUGGGUGUCGGAGAACUUCCUGUCUCUUCCCCCAGCCGUCGCUUCUACUCCUGCCACCGCUGCCGUCGCACCGUUACCCGCACUCACGACGACAACGACAUCCCCGCAAUUAAAGGGUGGGCUGAAGCUCACCACCACCAUAAGCAACACCCCUUUCCAACCAUGCCAUGAAAGCCCCCUAGACGAGGACCCCGAAGACCUUUUUGCCCUCCCAUUGAGUCCUCGGUCCCCGGACAUGGCCAAAUCGCCGUUCUCGAGGUUUCGCGGUGACCCACUGGGAAAGAGCCCGAAUCUUAGUAAGCUGAGCAUGGUAGAAAACCUCGAAGACGAGGAGAAGGAGAAGACGCCAACGGGCAUGGGAGGUUUGGGAUUGGGUCUUGGAAUCAUGGGCACUGAGGGCGGGUUUGCGUCCGCUCCUCCCUCGGAAAGAGAAGUCAGGGCGGGGAAGGAGUAGAUUUUCUCGUCGGUUUCUUCCCUUCCAAAACGGCAUUUUUGGAUGGAUGUGGUGGAUGUGGUGGAUGGGUGGAUCGAUGCGGAUACCAUGUGGAUAGGAUGGCAGAAUGGGAUGUUAAGAUUCGCAGUUGUCUCUAUAGUCUUUUUGUUUUUUCUCCCCCCAUCCUAACUCAUGUUGGACGUUUGCACUGAAGGUCUGUGAAUCCGGCACAGGCUUGUUGAAACGAUCAAGGGCGGAAAAGUGGGGAACACCAUGCUACCAUGCCGUACCAAAGUUUGCGGUGCACCUAAGUUUGCUACAUGGUCAUGAUGAAUGUACUAUCUAUUUAUUUAUUAUUUACUUUGUGUUUCCUUCCAUGAUCAUUGAACAUGAAGAGUUCAUUUUUUUGAUGCCGCUUAUCGCUAUAACGGGUUGCGUGAUAGGACCACGGGUUCGCUACUGUACCGGUGAGAACACCGCACCCGCGGACGUGGGUGAAAUUUUAUCCGUUGAGGUUGGCAAGCUACCCACAAGUAACAGCUGCGGGGCCAGAGCCGGAUUGGUGGUUUGUACGACACCCGC